AUGCAAAUAAAUUCUUCCUUCCAAACAGUCCCUCCAGAUAUACAAAUGGCCAACCGCGUGAUCAAACAGAGCCUUGGUAUGAAUACGGUUCUUUCUUGUACCGUGUUUGCGAAUCCUCCGGGGACUGUCCAGUGGUAUUUCAAUCAGAAAACGAGAAUUAUCGCCUCUAGCUGUGAUAUUCUGUCAAACGAGGAGAAGAAACACUGUUUGCUUUAUUGGUUGCUGAUCAGAUGGCUGUUGAUUAGUUCGCCGAGUUUGGCAAUUGGCUUGCAAACGUUUCGUCACCAUACGAGGAGACAUCAUCAGCGCGCAGUUGGGGGAGUACUUCUUCCUUGCCUGCUUGAACACCGCCCGCACCCCAACAAUGUUCUGGCUCCAAUCAUAUCGAAAUUGACUAUUUUCAAGCUCAACCCGGCCGACUUUGGGGACUACACGUGUUCUGUGAGUAAUAUUAUGGGCGAAAGACAUGGGACUACUUCACUUCAAAUCAUGCUUCAGAACGUGCGGUCUGAGAACAUAUUUUUUACAAUUCAAGGAGAAUCACCGGAGAUUGUGGUAAACAUUACAUACCUGGGUAGUUGUAUUAGCUCUGAUGGAAGUGUGUGUAGUUGCAUUAGCUCUGAUGGAAGUGUGUCUGAUGGAGUCAGAGCAAGAAUCUCAAAGGCUCGAAACAUGUUUGCUAAUUUGCAUCACUUGUGGCGUCAAAAAGGCAUCUCACUAGAUCUUAAGGGUCGUGUGUGCCAGGCUACAGUAAGGGCUGUGUUGUUGUAUGGGUGCGUGACUUGGCCUCUGUCGACAGAUAAUGUGAGUGUAAUGAGUGACUCAAUUCGUAUCAUCUUUUGCAUUCUACCGGCAGAAAACCCAACAGUUGAAGGUCAGCACAUUUCAGCCACAAAGCCGGUACCCAUUUCAUUUACAAAGGCUUCAGUACAAAAGAAAUUAGGCCAAGUGAAGAACCUGGCUUGGAAGCAACACAUAAGGAAGCCGGCCUUCCCUGCAGAGUUAUUUAUUAGAAAAUGCCAGCUGAAAAGUUACAGACUAUUGGACAAGGAAGCAAAACUCUAA